UUGUUUCAUUCCAGAUUGACUUUUAUCACAGUGUUGGUCAGCCAGCCCAUAACAGUGACUAGUUUAGCCGAAGAAUACCAAGUGUGCAGCAGUAUCAUUCGUUCAAUGCCGACAUGGCACUAGUUACACUGACAUCAUUUCGCAAUAUUUGCAACAAAUGUCACAACAUACAAAUACAACUUAUAAAUAGUAACUACAGAACUUCUUUGACAAGAUCUAUCAAAUUUAGUGCUUCAGAAAAUCCAUAUUUGAAACAAAGUAUAGCAGAGGAUGAUAAAACUGUUAAUAGGCUAUACAAAGGACUAGUAGACAAGAAAAGGUCCUGUCUCGCAGAGGCUAUCACCCUAGUUGAGUCAUCUCAUCCUCGUAAGAAAGCCCAGGCUCAAAUUCUGUUAGCGCAAGUUUUAAAAUACUGCCAGAAAAAAGCCAAACAUUCGUUACACAGCUCAAGCUCUUUAUCAUUUAGGAUAGGUUUGAGUGGCCCUCCAGGUGCUGGUAAAAGCACCUUUAUUGAAGCUAUGGGUAAAUAUUUGACAGACAAGGGUAAAAAGGUUGCAGUAUUGGCAGUUGAUCCAUCUUCUUCAACAACUGGUGGGUCAUUGUUGGGAGAUAAGACAAGGAUGCCGCAGCUGUCAUGUGAUAUGAACGCCUACAUUCGACCCUCCCCUGCUUCAGGCACACUUGGUGGGGUAACACGCAACACUAACGAGGCUAUUGUACUGUGUGAAGGUGCAGGGUACGAUGUGGUAUUAGUUGAAACUGUAGGAGUUGGUCAGUCUGAGUUUGCCGUGGCCCACAUGGUGGAUCUGUUCUGUCUACUAAUACCGCCCGCAGGGGGAGAUGAAUUGCAAGGUAUUAAGAAGGGUAUAGUUGAGGUUGCUGACUUGGUGGUCAUUAACAAAUCUGAUGGCGACCUUGUACCUGCAGCACGCCGUAUACAGGCAGAAUAUACCAGUGCACUGAAAUUACUCAGAAAACGCUCCAAAGUCUGGUCCCCAAAGGUGACGAGAAUCUCUUCACUCACAAAAGAAGGAGUUCCGGAACUCUGGGACAUGAUGAUGUCAUACCAUGACGCCAUGCUGACAUCUGGGGAAAUGGAACACAAACGAGAAAAACAACACAAAAUCUGGAUGUGGAAUCAUAUCAAAGAAAACAUUAUGGAUUUAUUUAAACAACACCCCUUUGUUAAAUCCCAAAUAGCAGAUUUAGAGUAUAAAGUAUCUCUGGGGGCCAUUACCCCUGGACUCGCUGCCGAUAUUCUUAUGAAUGCUUUCAUUAAAGAUAUGAACAAUAGCAAAUAGGACUAGUGUAUACUAGGUUUUUACGUGUUAGCUUGAUGGAAAAGAACAAGGAAUGUAAAGGCAACCUACACUACCCCCCCCCCCUCCAUACAUUUGGCAACAAAAAGUCUCUUUCUCAAUUGCCUGCUCUAAAGAAUUCA